AUGUCCGGCCAAGCAAAAAUAAACUACGCUCUCCGAGUCGUUUCCAAGAACCAGUGCCGCACUCGUUGCCUGAGCAUUUCCCUGAGCAUUUCCCUGAGCAUGCUCCGCUGGUGCCUCUACCUCGCGUGCGCGCUACUUGCGUGCGCGCGAGGAGCGUCCGCUUUCCUUGUUCCGCCGCCACCCAUGCCCCUGUCCGUCACGAUGCACUUUGCCCAGCCGCAUCUUAUGCCACCGCCGACGACAGCCAUGAGCUCCAUCUUCCCCAGCACCAGCAAAGGCCAGAAUGAGGCGGCGAAGAAAGCUCAACAGGAGAAGCUGGCAACACGCCGGACUUUCAACUAA